GCCAUUUUCUUCCAUCCUCCUCGUACGCUUUGCCUGCGUGGCUGUCUGUCCUGCUUGUCCGCGCUUUGUUCUGCUCGGCGAUGGACGGCAUUGUCACUGAUGUUGCAGUUGGUGUGAAGAGAGGAUCUGACGAACUUCUUUCAGGCAGUGUACUCAAUAGCCCGAACUCUAACAUGAGCAGCAUGGUAGUUACUGCCAAUGGUAAUGACAACAAGAAAUUCAAAAGUGAUGAUAAAAUGGAUGGGGCUCCUUCUCGUGUUCUUCAUAUCAGGAAAUUGCCUGGGGAAGUGACAGAGACAGAAGUUAUUGCUUUAGGUUUACCUUUUGGUAAGGUAACCAACAUCCUGAUGCUAAAAGGGAAAAAUCAGGCCUUCUUGGAACUUGCUACAGAAGAAGCAGCUAUCACUAUGGUCAAUUACUACUCUGCAGUCACACCUCAUCUUCGUAACCAACCUAUCUAUAUCCAGUAUUCCAAUCAUAAGGAACUAAAGACUGAUAACACGCUUAACCAGCGGGCUCAGGCUGUUCUUCAAGCAGUGACAGCUGUGCAGGCAACGAAUGCUCCCAUCAGUGGGACCACUGUUAGUGAGAGUGCAGUGACUCCAGCUCAGAGUCCAGUCCUUAGAAUAAUUAUUGACAAUAUGUACUAUCCAGUAACCCUGGAUGUUCUUCAUCAGAUAUUCUCUAAAUUUGGUGCUGUAUUGAAGAUAAUCACAUUCACGAAGAAUAACCAGUUCCAAGCUUUACUGCAGUAUGGAGAUCCAGUAAAUGCACAGCAAGCAAAACUAGCCUUAGAUGGUCAAAAUAUUUACAAUGCUUGCUGUACCCUGCGGAUUGACUUUUCCAAACUGGUGAAUCUGAAUGUCAAGUACAACAACGAUAAAAGCAGGGACUACACUCGGCCUGAUCUUCCCUCCGGUGACGGACAGCCAGCACUGGACCCAGCUAUUGCUGCAGCAUUUGCCAAGGAGACCUCUCUUCUAGCUGUUCCAGGAGCUCUGAGUCCUUUGGCUAUUCCAAAUGCUGCUGCUGCAGCUGCAGCUGCUGCUGCUGGCCGUGUGGGAAUGCCUGGAGUUUCAGCUGGUGGCAACACAGUCCUCCUGGUCAGCAAUUUAAAUGAAGAGAUGGUUACGCCCCAAAGUCUGUUUACCCUCUUCGGUGUUUAUGGUGAUGUGCAGCGUGUGAAGAUUUUGUACAAUAAGAAAGACAGUGCUCUUAUACAGAUGGCUGAUGGAAACCAGUCACAGCUGGCCAUGAGCCAUCUGAACGGGCAAAAGAUGUAUGGGAAGAUUAUCCGGGUUACCCUUUCUAAACACCAGACAGUACAACUACCUCGGGAGGGGCUUGACGACCAAGGACUGACAAAAGAUUUUGGUAAUUCACCUCUGCAUCGCUUCAAAAAGCCAGGCUCAAAAAACUUUCAGAACAUAUUCCCUCCUUCUGCAACGCUUCACCUCUCCAAUAUUCCACCAUCGGUAGCAGAAGAGGAUCUCCGCACACUGUUUGCUAACACUGGAGGCACUGUGAAAGCAUUUAAAUUUUUCCAAAGAGAUCACAAGAUGGCUCUUCUUCAGAUGUCAACAGUGGAAGAAGCUAUUCAGGCUUUGAUUGAUCUUCACAAUUACAAUCUGGGAGAAAAUCACCAUCUGAGAGUUUCUUUCUCAAAGUCAACUAUUUAAAAAGGCAGAUUGAAAAGGAGGGUAUAUUGUAUUGUUUGGUGUUGUCACCUAUUGACUGUUCAGGAAAGUGGGGACCAGAGUUUGUCUUCUGUUUUUCUUUUUUUCUUUUGUUUUUCUUUUGUUUUUCAUUCUGUUACCAUUCCUUGGUUUAAAAAAAAAUAGAAUUAAAAAAACCAAACCUCUGAAGAAGCAGUGAUGCUAACUGCUGUUACUCAGCUGUUGUUUAGGUACACCAUCGUUUUGUUUCAAAGAUUUCAAGUUGAUACCACAGUUUUUCAACGUGCCUUAAAAAAGGAAAACUAGUACUGCUGGAAUUGCAUAACUAGUGGAAAAAAAGCAAAUUUGGUUGUCUGGGGCACAUUGUUACAUGAUAAUUUAAAUAUGUUUAGGCAGGAGUGUGUAAAAAGGUUAAGCUUUUGUUUCUCCUGCUUGAUAGAUUUUUUUUUUUUUUUUAAUCUGCUGGCUUGUCACUUAUUUUUCUUGGAGUAAGAUCUGCUGAAAGAGUAAAAUGAGGCUAUUUGAGUUCUGAUUUUUUGCUUUG